AUGGGCGUUACCAUCUGAUUUUGCUUGCCAUCUCAAGCUCGAUCUUAAAAGAUGAAUCUUUUCGAAGUACAACGUCUGCUUGAAAGAUGGCCUUCAUUACGUGGUGGUCAGGAUUUAAGAACACUUUUCAUGAAGUUUGAUUCCAUUGAUGGAGUCUGGAUUAUACCAGGACAUGUUUUCAUCUCCUACAAGAAAGAUGAUUUGCAUAGCUUGGUACAGUGUUUCAGUCAGCUACCUCUCAAAGUGGGUGGAGUAGGGGGAGGAGCUUCACCUACCAGUACUGGUAGCUGUGAAAUUCCAAUGACUUCGAGAGUCAUUGAAAUACUCAGUAUUAGAAAAGACGCCAUUUUAAUUGUUGAGGAGAAUGGCAGGUUACUACCGCUUUCAUAUAAUACUGAUAAUGGCUGGGGACCUCCAGAGAGAGAGGAAGAGGAGGAGGGAGGAGAAGCAGCUGGACAAUUGUUUGUUGGUAGAGGUGACAUAGUCGGCGUUUGUCUCUGUACAACUGGAAAAAACAAUAAAUUGAUUUAUUGUCUGAAAGAGAACGAAGAAGGUCAAGAUGAAUGGUGUCACUCUAUCUAUACUACACAAUUCAGCUUUGAUGGCGGAAUUAAGGAUUUAUCUGAUUGUAGCCAGCUGCUUUCCCAGUCUCCAAAGAUGUGCUUUUAUCCGGUACAAAAUGGCGUCUGGUUGAUCCCUGCCUCUGGGUCACUCUCUCCUCCUAACCUAAUGCUCUACUGGGACUACAUACAAACUUUAGUUUGGAGUGGGUGGAGUUUUAUAGAGACAUCUGGUCAAUUAAAAGAUUUUAAAAUGAUUACAAGGCGGACAGUCAGCGCCUGGAGCAAGGAGGAGUCUAGCCGUGAGUUAGCAGUAUCAUUUACUGUUCACCCAGUUACACAACUACUCCUUUGUCUAACUAGCACUGGCUAUGUGUAUGAAGUAUCAGAAAAAGACGGUUCUAGGAGUGUCUUUGUCGAGUUACUUGAUUUCAUGGUACGAUAUCCGUCAGUGAAGUUCUGGUACUCAUCGACCACACCCACUGAUCACGAGCUAUUUAUUCUUCAUACUUAUAUCGGAAUAUGUCUCAAGGGGGAACUAAGGUUGUAUGAUAGGUCUACUGGUGAGUUUAUUUGGGAAUGUGAUGAUCUUGAUCAUCCAACGACACGUCUUGUAUCAAGUUCGUUCGUUGGAUCACCACUGACACCAAUCACACUCUGGAAUCAGAGCGGGAUUUACAUGCUAAGAUGCCGGAAGGUAGUGGAUCACGCUGUGUUGUUUGUGGAUGGCCUUUUCCCCAUAGCAACCAAUGCAGAUGAGACGACUCCAGGUGAGUUUCUAGAAGAAGGCGAGACAGUAGCAGCUGAAUUAUGUUUCGUGUGGGGACUGGAUAUGCUGGCAUCACAAUACACGGUGAAACAAGUCCACAAACUAUUGAAGGAGAGAUCUAGUAACAGAGUAGUGCACCUUCCAGAGAGAUUGUUAAAGUUGCUCACUGCUCUGUCAGCUCGUAGUCCUCUCAUUUGUGUAGCAUUACUAACUCAAUAUCCACUGUAUCGUGGUUUGCUGACUAAUCUUAUAACUCGGUAUUUAGCAGAAACUGAUAAUAAUGAUGCCGUUAAGUCACCAUUGGCUAUACAAACUAUACCUCUCUUAAAGCAAUAUUUAACCCUUUCACAACAGUAUGAGGAUCUUCUAACCAUGCCUACUUCACCCUCAGUUGGCAUUCCUUCAGUGAAGGAUAGGGUAGUGGAAAUAUUGAAGUGUUCACAGCAAUCAACUUUAAAGCAUGACCCUACUGUAAAGCUAAAAGCUGAAUUAACAUAUUACAGUCACACAGACCCCAUGAGCACUUUGUCAGGAAUUAAAGAUUUCAUGAAGAUACCUACAACAUUUGCUGAUAAGAGGAAACAGGUUAAUGUCUCUGAAUUCGAUUACAAUUGGAGGAACUUGUUAGCUUCAGAAGUACCCGAGAAAAUUCCUGACAAAUCACUUAAACCUGCUAGCCCGAUUGUUAAUAUACCGAUAUUUGAAUUAACCGUUCAGCUUCUUUAUUCGCAUCAACCUGACGACCUCGUUCACUUUGUUACAUUUGUACAUCAAGCAAGAGAAGCACAACUGACUAGCGACUUAACUUACAGUCGACAAUGCAAAAAAGGUCACUUUUAUCAAAGAGCAUUAGAUGUUAUUACUCCUCCAACUAGUACAGCGUCUUCUGAUAAAGUAUUUGCUUAUUGCCAGCUGCUAUUAUCAAGUGAUUGUGCUAGUGCAGAGAUCAAGGCUCUGUCACUAUUACUGGAGCAUAAGGAAUGGCCCCAUGUCAUUGACAUGCUUAAUGAAGUGUACAGCAAGGUUCAACCAUCAGUUCAAUCAGCGUUAUUCUACAAUACGCUGCUUCACAUGUCAAAGGAAGGCAUUCUUUCUCAGUAUAUUACUACACUUUGGCCUUUUUUGCCUGAUGCAUUUAGUGUGCAUAGUUUUAUUGAUAUAUUGAAAUGUGGAGAUACUGUAGGAGCUAGUCAUGCUUUGUCAGAAGGAGGAGGAGGUGAUCAAAUAUGUGUAAAAGAUGAAGACACCAAUCAAUUAAAAUUGGAGAAUAUCAUACCGUAUAUAUUGCAGCUGCUAUCAAGAUAGUAUUGAUUAAUAUAUGAGUGACAGGCUGGACGGUGCUGUAUAUCUAAUACCUUUAUAAUAAUUGUUUUUAAUUACAUUUAAUUUAUCUCUUAUUUGAUGGUGGAUAUGAUUGAUGCAAAGAAUAAGAUUUUUAUAACCUA